AUGGCUUCUCUUUGGAGCUCGCUGGAAAAAGAUGUGUUCAACCCGCAGAAAAAGAGGCUGCUGGAAACCGUUCGUGUCUGGAAGACAGGGAAGAAGAAGAAGAUAUCCAUUCUCUGUGUUGUGGUGGACACCUUUCAGCCAAUGCAGCCGUUUCUGGUGAAGGUCAAGGUAGACCGAGGAGAGCAGUACAAGAUAGCCUACAGGUGGCCUUUAGCAGAGCUGAAGUUGGUAGAUGGCAAGACUCUCCAUCAGGCAAGCCUGGAUUUUGAGCUGCAGUUCGAUAAGGUUUACAAGUGGACCGCUAGCAGCUUUGACGAGAAGAAAACCUUUAUCAGAUGCUUGUGGAAGCUGAACCACCGAUUCCUCGCCAGCUCUAUCACAUUUGUGAAUGUCCCGUCCUGUGCAGCGGAAGGGAGGCAACGGCCCCAAGAAGACAGGAAGGACACUGCGGAGACUGAGAGCCAGGAGGAGCUCAGUGCGUACCAGGAGAUGACACCAAAGGAAGCUGCCGAUGUGUUGAAGCUGAUGGAGGAGUACGAGCCCCUUGUGAACAACUCUGUGGCCUUUGCAGAGCAGCUAAGCAACGAUCUCCACGUGCUGGAUGAGGCCAACCUUAGAGCCAUUAUCUCUUCUGAGAAGCAGGUGACACAGCUGAUGAGCUCCAUUGACGAGGCCCUGGCAGAGGUAGCCAGAGUGGAGGAGACCUUGCAGAUCUGCGACGAGUUACUGGGGAGUGUGAAGCAGCAGAUGGACCACAUCUACCGGGAAAACUCCUUGCUACAUCGCAUCGUUUCCAACAAGACCAGGCUGAUGGAUGAGAUCCUCUUCCUCACGACCCACCUUGAUCUCAGCAGGGAACACUGUGAUGCCUUGAGCCAGGCAGAUCUCUCCAGCCCCAGCCGAAUGAAAGCCUGCAUUGCUGCUGCAGAGGCUUUAUCUGGCUGCAUGAGCAUCCAGAUACAGCCCGGUUACCGGAAACUGCAGUCUGUGGCUGAGCAGCUGAUCAUGUUUGAAACGCUCAAGCAGAACUUCGAAAGCUCUUUCAUCAGUCACAUUACGAGCAUCUUCGAGCUGCAGGGUAAUGCUCAGGUCCCUGCUCUUGGUCAGCCCAUUGACAAGCUAUCUGCAGCAAGCCAUGGACUCCACCACGAGGAACUGGUGCCCUACGCCCCGCUCAUGGCCUGGCUGAGGAACGCCAACCCAGUUCUGUUCUGUGACAUGCCCAAGGUCUAUGCCCAGAACCUCAGCAGACUCUAUGACCGGGAAAUCAAAGCCUUUUUUGAACAAGCCAAAACCUUCUUGUUAGGGAGAAGAAAAGGAAGUCUUCAGGAAAGCUUAGAGAAGCCAAUGGCGAUGGGGAGCAGGCAGCAGUCUCGAUGGAGUUUCCCUGGGAGCAGAGAAGGCCAGGAGGACACGCCGGACAAAGGCAACGUCAUCAAGCAGAUGUUGGAGCAGGUGCUGAGAGAGCUGCAACCCAUUUGCACUGCGGAGCAGCAGUUCAUUGAGAAAUUCUUCCAGCUAAGCCAGGACUCUGGAGACCUGCAGGUGCCCGAGGGAAGAGAGAGCACAGCAUCUCCAGAGGACCCUCCUUGCACCAAGCCUCGGAGCCAACUAGAAGAACCUACAGCCCAGCUGCUGAGUGAGAUCUUCAGUUGCCUGGAGCCAGAGCUGAGAGGAUUUCUAGAUGUCUGCAAUAAGGUCCACCCAUUCGGCUGCUUGCAGGUCCUGGUUACUUUGAACGACUCCGUCUUUGAGAUGUGGGGCUCUUCCUCAGCUCUCUCCUCCUCCUUCCUCAACACUGUCCUGGGCAACAUGCUGCUCCUGGCCAAGAGCAGCUUCAACAAAUGCAUUGGGAGCAUGUGCAAAGAGAUUGAGGAGGCAAAGAUGCCCAGCAAGAUGAAAGGCGGGAUCCUGCCCUCCGUGAGCCGCUUUGAGGAGUUUGUGAACUUCUCGGAGAAGGUGUUCAGGACAGCUCGGCGGAGAGGGGAGUUGGACAAAGCACAUCUCCGGCUGGCCAGCAGCGUCUUCAGCAGCAUCAAUAGCCUGUCCUCAGCAAACCUGAAGGUGAACACAGAUAUGGUCAUGAUGGAAAAUUUCCACCACUUUCACUGCUUCCUGUGCCAAAAGAUGAUCCACUCCCUGGAGGGCAAGAAGAGAGAAGCCAAGCAAAGGUAUAGUGAGCACAUGGAGAAAUACGUCAUCAAGUACCUGGGCCAGCCACUGGAGAAGCUCAAUCACUUCUUUGAAGGAGUGAAAGCCCGUGUGGCUCAAGGGGUGAAAGAAGAAGAGGUCAGCUUUCAGCUGGCCUACAGCAAGCAAGAGCUGAGGAAGGUCAUUGAAAAAUACCCUGGCAAGGAAGUAAAAAAAGCCCUUGAGACCCUCUACAGGAAAAUCCACAAGUAUCUCUCCCCAGAGGAAAAUCUUUUGCCGGUGGUGUGGCACGCUAUGGAGCAGGAGUUCAUACGUCAGUACAGAGAGUUUGAGGAUCUGAUCCAACGCUGUUAUGCAGGGUCAGGGAUUGCCAUGGACUUCACCAUGGAGGACUUACUGAGCUACUUCAACUCCAUCACUCUGUCCAACAUGUAG